UGUUGUCAACAUCGGUCGUAAUUGAGACUGGGGCAUAAACUGUCUUGAAACUUACUAUAAGCAAAGGCUGCAGCCGUGAAAUUUUAAAACCAGUGGUACACAAAAUAUGACGCACUGAAGGGCUGAAAAUCUAACAGUUCUGUGUUUGGCACAAGGAUCAUUUCCGAUGGCUAACAACGUGUUCUUUUUUGUCCCGAACAUCAUAGGAUACCUCAGAAUAGGUAUUGCAUUGGUUGCAUUUUGUCUUAUGCCUUCGAAGCAAUACGCAGCAUUCUGGCUUUAUACAGUAAGCUUCUCUCUGGAUAUGGUUGAUGGACAUUUUGCAAGAUAUCUUCAACAAGUUUCAGUGUUUGGGUCUCUGCUGGAUAUGCUGAUAGACAGAUGUACUUUGCUGUGUAUGCUGACUAGACUUAGUCUGUGUUAUCCCAGACACGCAAUUGUUUUUUCUGCUCUUACGUGUUUGGACAUAUCCAGCCAUUGGAUGUACAUGUACAGUUCAGUUUUGCUUGGUUACAAAAGUCAUAAAAUCGUCGAUCCUGAGAUCGGUCCCCUUCUGAUGCUUUACUACGGCAAUCCGAUUUUUCUAGAUGUAGUAUUCUACGGCAGCAUGACUUUUUUCGGCUUGCUUUACCUUGUAACCAUCACCCCAGGACCAAGAGUUCCAGGCAGUGCAUGGGGAGUUUGGCAGCUGAUCUGCGUUGCAUGCGCCCCAGUGGAAAUUGUACAAAUCGUAAUAAAUCUGAGCAUGCUUCACACUGCAAGUUUCCGUAUGGCUGCCAUUGACACAUAGACAUAAGCUGACGCGUGUGAGACGUCGUCCAAGCAGCUUUAACCCAUGCUAAAGAAAAUGCAAGAAUGGCCAAUCAGAGAUCCAACAC